UCCAUAUCAGACUGCUGUGACGCAGUUCCGUACUGAUGCUGCUUGAGGUGGUGCUGAUGUCCGAUUGCUCUCCCCUCUGUCUUCCUGGCCUAUCCCUACUAAUGGACGCUGCUCGUCCUCUCCCUUUAAUCCGACUUUUCUUUCUGCAGACCAGCGCAACCCUACCACACACCACCUAAUCCGACUUUUCGAUCCGCAGACCAGCGCUACCCCACCCGCUACCCCACCACACCCGACCAGCACAAGAUACACCGAUACCAGAGCAUGGCUUUCGUCGACCCAGCUCUGCAACACGCUUACGAUGGCCAACGUCUUUACGUGGACGCAGCCGCCACUCUCAACUCCCUUCGAAGCGCUCCACAAAAGAGUGCACACGGUUUUGAGAUUGUGUGUCUUGGCGUAGGAGGGGGGCCACUGGAGACUGACUGCAGCUGCUACGCCAUCAAGACUUGGGGGACUUCUUGGCUGGACAGUUAUGUGGUCAUCGAGGGAGGCUCCUGGUUGGGUGGCAUGUCUCGUGUCCUCGAGCUUCAAGCGAGUCAUCAAUGUGCCGGCUUUGGCGACUUGGCUCUCUCUUCAUCGCCGCCAUCUUCUGCAAACGUCUCCAAUCUUAGUGGAUGGACGAGCAAGGCCAGCAGCUCCAGCGUCUCUUCGAAGGUUGGAUACUUGGCUUCGCGUGCAGAGGCAUUCCUGAUCUCUCACGCGCAUCUGGACCACACGUACGGCUUGAUACUGGCCAGCGCAGUGACUUCACCUCCUAAGCCGGUGUACGCCCUGGAAUCGCCCUUGGCAGCUUUUGAGGGCAUCUUUGGCACCGGGGUAUGGCCGAGCGUCGUUCGCAGAGAGCAAUCUCCUGAGUUCGCCCGAGGAGUCGAUGCUGGAACGAAGCCAGCGCGCACAGCUCAGAUUCAUAAUGCAGCCGCUGACACGGGGGUGGGCUACGUGCUACGAGCUCUACAACCUCGGCGCCCACAAUCACUCACCAAAGAAAUUUCAGUUCUCGCCUUUGAGCUCUCCCACGGAUUGUGCGCUGCUGCGUGCAAUGGCGAAGGUUCUGGCUCUGCAAACAUCCUUGCUGCAGACCACCCGCACACCACUUCAGGACCGCACGAAAGGCUGCGGUCCACUGCGUUCUUCCUGACUAAUGUGGCGACGGGCCAAAAUCUGCUCCUUUUCGGUGACGUUGAGACUGACCGCCUCUCACGGACGGAUCUCAACUAUCAGGUGUGGAUGCACGCCUCGGAAGCUAUUUGCCAAGGAAGACUGAGUACCAUCAUGAUCGAGUGUAGCUUCGACUCCUCACAGCCUGAGGAACUGCUGUUCGGCCAUAUGAACCCUGCUGGAUUGUACGAGGAGCUGAAGGUCCUCGCGAGGCUUGUCGCAAUCCGGGCAAAUACAGAACACGCCAGCCGGUGGGACGGGGCCCUUCAAACCCACGCCCUUAGUCGGCCCACCGAAAUGAACGACGAUCACACAGCGAAGCGAGGUGCCAAGGCGCUCCAAGGUCUUAUCGUGGUAGUCACUCACGUCAAAGCUUCAAUUUCGCCAGCGAAGAGGCCUUCUGCCGACGACUUCGGUGCCGAGCAUGCACCUUUGGAGGUAGGACCUCACGACAUGAGGGACCAGAUCUUCCGCGAGUUGCUCGCUCUCGAGGAGAAGUUUGGACUGGGGGUGCGAUUCGUGAUGGCGGUGCAGGGCAUGAAGAUUGAUUGUUGACUCGAUGAGAACUGAAGCCUCACUUACCCUUUUCGAUCCUCUACCCUUGCCGGUUGGAACCAUAAUAGUCGGCUGAGAGUGCCUCUGCAUGCCGCCUUGACAAUGACAAUCACCAACUUGGAAGAGCCAUGCGUCGCGCUUCAGAAGCAACCAACCUCAAAAACCCCCCAACCAGCCGCUCUCAUACUCGCUUGAAGCCUGCCUGUCUGUAUAGUAUCGUCGUGCCCUGUUGCCACUCAAGUCACCUCAUGCAUCGCAAUGGAGAUAAUGCACUACGUCCCUCACACAAAAGCUUUGGGUUCCGGCUCACUCGCUUCAACUUCCAGCGCAG